CUGAUACUUUCAUGCAGCCCUGAACUUUUACACAACAUAAACAUUCGCCAAAAAAAAGAAAACAGAAGCGAGCGGCAGGAGAUAAUCUGACCGCGGCCGGAUGUGGACCAUACAAAGCCAUCGAAGCCACCAACUCCACGAUGAAGGUCCUCAGGCGCCUCGGCACCCUUAUGCGCUAUACCGUCGCCUAUGCGGCGCUUACACACUGCACAUUCGAGUACAUCGGUGACUUUGUCCUGUGCAAGGGACCCUCAAUGGAGCCCACACUGUCCUCGGACAAUGUUCUGGUCACCGAGCGGCUGUCGAAACACUGGCGCGCCUACAAACCCGGCGAUAUUGUGAUCGCCAUUUCGCCCAUCAAUGCCGGCCAAUACAUUUGCAAGCGUAUCGUGGCCGUGGCCGGCGACCAGGUGCUCACCCAGAAUCCGCAUCCCAUCGAGGUCGAGUACAGUAUGGACCCGAAAAAACCAAAGCCGAUCAUGACGAAGGACUAUGUGCCGCGUGGCCACGUCUGGAUCGAGGGCGACAACAAGGGGAACAGCUCAGACUCGCGUUACUACGGUCCCAUUCCGGUUGGCCUCAUCCGGAGCCGAGUUCUUUGCCGGAUAUGGCCGCUAACCGAAGUUUCUAACCUCUAGGGGCGCUUUAUUCGGAAAACAUGAACUGCCUUGAGCGGAUUUAACGCUUCACCAAGGACCUCGUAGGUCCUCUUUUUUUUUCUAUAAAUUAAUUUCAUCUGAUUUCGAUGUUUGUGGCCAUUGUCGGUUGUAAGAGCAUACAAAAGUCGUGUCAGCUACGUUAUUGCCAAAUAAAUAUUUAUUUUAUUUAUGGAUAAAUAAAAA